AUGAGAACGUCGCCAUCGCCGGUGGUGGCGUGUACUUCGACUCCUCUAGCCUUCGGAAGCAGACCAGGAUUCCCAAGGCUUUCAUAUUGGCCUCGGAGCGAUCGGCAGGUCGCCAUCGAGGAGCUCGAUGCCCCGGUGGUGGACCUACAUGGCUUCCUCCACGGCGACAAGGCGUCCAUGCGGCGGGCGGCAGAGCUCGUCCAGCUCGCCUGCGAGCGCCAUAACUUCUUCCAGGUGACCAACCAAGGCGUCGCGGAGCAGCGUGUCCGUGACGCCAUGGACUGCACCGACGCCUUCUUCAAGCUCGGAGGGAAGAGAAGGCAUAGGCUUAUCUCCUGGUUUUCGAACCUGCUCUUCGAAGGGUAUUCGUCUGUGAUGCCAUGGACUGCACCGACGCCUUCUUCAAGCUCGGAGGGAAGAGAAGGCAUAGGCUUUAUCUCCUGCUCUUCGAAGGGUAUCACCAAUUACUUAAACCAAACAAGGUUAUCGUUGAUAGCCAACUAA